GUCCUAGGUCCGCCCAACGCGGGCUGUCCCAGGCUGCCCCAGGGCAGGAGCCCUGGCUCGGGUACCCGGUGCAGGCUGAACGCUCCAGGCGGGCGGGUCUGCCCUGCGUCCCCAGUCCCCAAGUGUCCCGCUGUUCUAAGGCUCCGGGAGCCUCUGCUGAGCCUGUGUUGCGCAGGGUUAUGACUGGGAUUCAGUGCCUGCACGCCUUCAUCAUUCCAAGUGCCUGUUUUAUUUUGAUAAAAGAAGCAGCGUGGCAGCCACAGCGGAUGGAAAGGUGCCUGAGGAAAUGAAGAGCCGGAUCCCUGUGGUGCUCCUGGCCUGCGGCUCCUUCAACCCCAUCACGAACAUGCACCUGCGUCUGUUUGAGGUGGCCAGAGACCACCUGCACCAGACAGGAAUCUACCAAGUGGUCAGGGGAAUCAUCUCUCCAGUGAAUGACAAGUAUUGGAAGAAGGACCUCGUGGCAGCCAAGCACAGGGUGGCCAUGGUCCGACUGGCCCUACAGACAUCUGACUGGGUCCGGGUGGACCCCUGGGAGAGUGAGCAGGACCAGUGGGUGGAGACAGUGAAGGUGCUAAGGUACCACCACAGCACGCUGCUCAGAUCCCUGCCCUCAGCGGAAGGCUCGGACCCUGGCCAGGCUCUGCCCGUGGCUCCUGCAGUGGUGCCGGAGCUGAAGCUGCUAUGCGGGGCCGACGUCCUGAGGACCUUCCUCAGCCCGCAGCUCUGGAAGGACAAGCACGUCCAGGAGAUCGUGGAGCGGUUUGGGCUGGUGUGCGUGAGUCGGGCCGGCCACGACCCCCAGCGAGACAUCGAGGCCUCGCCCAUCCUACGGCGCUUCCAGCGCAACAUCCACCUGGCGCGGGAGCCAGUGCUCAAUGAGGUCAGCGCCACGGCUGUGCGCCAAGCCCUGCGCCAGGGCCACAGCGUCCAGUACCUGCUCCCCGACCCCGUGCUCGCCUACAUCCGGGAGCAGGGCCUCUACCUCGGCCCCCCCGGAAGCCCCUGACUGGUGCGUGACUGGGGAAGAGGGCUCCUUUAUGUCCUUGUCCCGCUGCUUCCCCAAGUGUCUCUGGUCUGACUGCCUCCUGCAUACAGUCUGCGGCCUCCCCUUGGGGAGAAAGGACCAUCCACAGGCCAGAAUGGCUAUCCCUCAAGGAUGCCUGGUGAGUGAACAGGCCUCCUAGGGGUGAGGCAUAGGCUCCUGGAAACUGUGGUGUCAGAGACCUCCUCACCUCUGACCCCGGGAAAUCCAGACCUGCAGACCUAGGGGCAGGAUCUGGCUGGGAACCAGGAGCAGGUGCAGUACUCUGGUUUCCACCUGGGCAGGAUGCUGAACCCAGAACAGCAGUCUUCCUGCAAGCUAACCCUGCUGGUCUCAGAACAUCUGAGGUGUCCCCAGCUUCCAGGAUUUGGAAAGGGGAAUGAGGCGAAACCACUACCUGCCUUGGGAGGGCCCUUCCUGACUGCUUUCUACCUGACUGCCCGCUGGAGUGUCAGGAAGGAUGAGUAAUAAAUCAGCAUCAGACAGCACUCAUGAAAAGUCUCUUUUUCUCCACCAGCCCUUUGUCAUGUUCCUGAGGCCUGGGUGGCAGCUGCUGUUCUUCCUCAGCUGCUCAGUGUGCUCCUGUGCAGGCCAGCCAGCUGUGUUUCAGAGUGCUCCAUCCUGGAGGAACACUGUCUUUUCCAAGUCCAGGACAUAGUCCUUUGAUAGGGUAAGGGAAGGGGCUUAGGGGGGGCUUAAGGGGCGUGGAGAGGUUGAAACUAUUGACCAGCUCCCACCCUAACUGGGCCCUGUCGACCACAGUAGCAGAGGGGAAUGGAAACAGAGGGACUUCAUCCAGAACCAGCCAAGCACAGCCCCUCACUGCUGUGUGCCUCUAUUUCCCGGCCUCUGCAGUAGGGAAUCUCUGAAUGCCUCAGGAUUUGCACUGGGGAGUACACAGUGGUCAAAAACAAGCUCAGUGUCUCCCCAGGAAGCUUCCAGGCCAGGGUGGGGUGUGUGUGUGUGUGUGUGUGUGUGUGUGUGUGUGUGUGUGUGUGAUCCACGUGUUUGUAGAGGUGCCUGCAGGCUGUGAUGAGGCUUUGGGGUUGGGGGUGCAGAGUCUGCUCACCCACUCAAACUGAUGCUGCAGUUCCAACCCCCCACUUUCCCAGGCCCUGCCUGGAACCCCAGAGGGGCCCAUCUAGGGAUGGAGUGUCUGCCCACCCACUGCCUGCCAUUACUCUCUUUCUGAAAGGAACCUUGAAAUUGCGUCCGACUCUCAGGGGAUGUGUGAGUGGCUCAGUGCAGAGUGUACCCUUCACAGAGUGAGGCCCCAGGUUUAGUCCCUGGCAUCUGACAGAUGGCAUGGCUCCCUCUCUCUCCCUCUCUUCUCUCUCUCUCUCCCCCUCUGUCUCUUUUGUCUCUCUCUGUCUCUCUGUCUCAGUCUGAAAAAAAAAAAGUCAUCCUGGAGCUGUGAAACCCUGGAAAUGAUUCCUCCACCCCUUGCAAAAUAAAAAAAAAUUUUAAAAAACACCUGAACUUUUUUUUGCUUGCCUCACCGCAGACCACCUCUGUCUCUCCCUCACUCCUUUACUGUGCUCCAGUAACCCCGACUUGUCAGUCGCCACAACCACUGUCCUCUUGCUCUGCGUCUUCCUUACAUUUGGCAUAUGCCCUACCAUCAGCUGGUAUGCUGAGUCCAACCUCCCCUUCUCUGAGCUCAAGCCAUCUCUUCCAGGAAGCCCUCUGGAACUCCCUGACUCAGAUUUGCACCUGUGCCCCCUGCCUUUUUCUUUCUUGGGGGGGGUGGUGGUGGUGGUGUCUCUCUCACCCUCCAAACCCCUACCAGGAAGUCCCUCACAGCUCCCUGAGGCCAAGAACAUUGCCUUAACUGUUGCUUUUUUCUCCCACAGCUCAGCUCCAGAAGUGAAAGCUUAAUAAAUAUUUCAUAACGGGAUAUCUGAAUAAGCAUCUUAAUAGCUCCCGGGAGCCCAUGACAAACACACCUGUUUAACUUGG